GGGUAGCGCGGGAUGCAUCGGUCAGCACGUUCCACUGCCCCGAUCGUCGAUCCACGACGUCGAUUCGGUGACCACACGCCGACCGAACCGGACCUGUGCCUCGUGGCCAACUGCCCGCGCUAUGCCAAGCACCUGCGCCUGUGCCUCACGCACACGCGCCUCGCGGGGGUGUCGACGCCGCCGCCGCCGUCCACGACCCGGUCCUUUGUCCUCCACCAGUUUGUCACGCCAUCGAAUCAACCGAUCGAGACGUCCCAUCGGCCGCACUUGCAACCCCAGCGUGCGCUGUCCCACGGCCCCAACUCGCCGGUCGUUGGCCCCCGAUAUCCAAUGACUGCUGCGUCGUCGUCAGCUGGGCCGCCACCGCGAUCGCUCAUGUCGCUCUUGACCAGCUCCACCUCGUCGACGUUGCCGCUGUCGACAUCGACGCGGGUGUGCAAACACGUCUUGUGCCACAAGACGGCCAAAGCCGGCGGGUUUUGUAUUGCCCAUGGAGGCGGCAAGCGAUGCCAAUCCCUCGACUGCAUCAAGAGCGCCAAGGAAGGCGGCUUCUGCAUCGCACACGGAGGUGGAAAGCGGUGCGGCGUCCCGGAUUGUACAAAGUCUGCCCUCGCUGGCGGGUUGUGUGUAGCCCACGGGGGCGGCAAGCGGUGCCAGGUGCCGCAGUGCUCCAAGUCGGCCGUGUCAAAGGGACUGUGCAUUGCGCACGGCGGCGGAAGGCGAUGCCAAGUCGCAUCGUGCGGAAAGAGCGCCGUUGGCGGCCAGUUGUGUGUGUCCCAUGGAGGCGGGCCUCGAUGCAGUGUGGGAGGGUGUGGCAAAGGGGCGGUCAGCGCCGGGCUGUGUAUUCGCCACGGAGGCGGGCGUGCUCUCAAGUCGGAGCUCUGAAGCCCCUCGUUUUGUACCGAUGUAAACUAAUCUAUUUGAGUGCCAGU